AUGAAAAACUGCACAGUAAUAAGAACUUUUAUCCUGCUGGGACUGACAGAUGACCCACACCUGCAAGUUCUGCUUUUUAUCUUUCUAUUUCUCACCUACAUGUUGAGUGUAACAGGAAACCUGACUAUUAUCACCCUCACACUGGUGGAUCACCACCUUAAAACUCCUAUGUACUUCUUUCUCAGAAAUCUUUCCUUCUUAGAAGUUUCAUUUACUACAGUCUGUAUUCCUAGAUUCUUGUACAGUAUAUCAAUGGGGUACAAUACCAUUACCUACAAUGCUUGUGCCAGUCAAAUAUUCUUUGUUAUUCUCUUUGGAGCAAAAGAAUUUUUUCUCUUGGCAGCCAUGUCCUAUGACUGCUAUGUGGCCAUAUGUAAACCCCUUCAUUAUGUGGUCAUCAUGAACAACAGGGUGUGUACCUUAUUAGUUCUCUGCUCUUGGGUGGCUGGCUUGAUGAUCAUUGUUCCACCACUUAGCUUAGGCCUCCAGCUCAAAUUCUGUGACUCCAAUGCCAUUGAUCAUUUUAGCUGUGAUGCAGGUCCUCUCCUGAAGAUCUCAUGCUCAGAUACAUGGGUAAUAGAACAGAUGGUUAUACUUAUGGCUGUAUUUGCACUCAUUAUCACCCUAGUUUGUGUGAUUCUGUCCUACUCAUACAUAGUUAGAACAAUUCUGAGGUUCCCUUCUGUUCAGCAAAGGAAAAAGGCCUUUUCUACCUGUUCAUCCCACAUGAUUGUGGUUUCCAUUGCCUAUGGAAGCUGCAUCUUCAUCUAUAUAAAGCCCUCUGCAAAAGAUGAAGUGGCCAUAAAUAAAGGAGUUUCAGUUCUUACUACUUCUAUCGCACCCUUGUUGAACCCCUUCAUUUAUACCUUGAGGAACAAGCAAGUGAAACAAGCUUUCAGUGACUCUAUAAAGAGGAUUGCAUUUCUCUCAAAGAAGUAG